AUGCUCCCCUUGCAUUCUUCCGCCAAAGUCGACAGCCUUUUGGCUUUUGACCUCUCACCAGAGCACAAAGAAGACUUUGAAGUGACCAAUUCGAGUUCGACCUUCUUCAGGUAUAUUCAAGAGGACAAGGACAGCCCGGACAUCAAAAUCUUGGAAAUUGCCGGCUCCGAGCGCUAUCACUUCCUUGUCUUUAGUUUCAGCCGACCGAAGACGGAUUUCAAGAUUUCGCCAGAUGGCCGCGUUGCUCUGUCUGGAGAAUUCGUUGCAGGAAACGCCAAGUUUAACUGCACUCAAGAUCACAUAUCUAAGUUAGUCUAUAUGCACAAGGCACGCUCAGAUGAGCAGGUUUAUCAAGGAGGAUCUAUUGUCGAGUUUCUGGAAGAUACCCCGCAGAUGAAGGCGUGGCAUGUCUUCAUGCAUCAACGAUUCGACUACCUUAUUGGGAGACGGGUGAAUCUCACAGAGGACGCCGAUUCACUCUAG